CAAGCAGUGCUGGUAGACCGGACAAUGUACAUUGCAGGCCAGAUAGGUAUAGAACCUUCCACUGGGCAGCUUGUCUCUGGAGGGGCGAAGGAAGAAGCUAAGCAGGCUCUAAAAAACAUGGGAGAAAUCCUGAAAGCUGCAGGCUGUGACUAUGGCAAUGUUGUGAAGACUACGGUUUUGAUGGCAGACAUGAAGGACUUCAAUGACAUUAAUGACAUAUACAAACAGUUUUUCAAGACAAACUUCCCAGCCAGAGCAGCUUAUCAGGUUGCUGCUUUGCCAAAAGGUGCCCGAGUUGAGAUUGAAGCUAUUGCCAUCCAGGGACCCCUCCAAGAUGCUUCAGCAUGA